GGGCUCGGGACGGGGCAUUCCUUUUCCCGCGGCUGCCUUUGGGUUGAACGUUUUAGGCUGUUUUCAGAUAUAAAAGUGUCUGGAAACACUCGCUUCGUCGAGUCAGCCCGGUGACCUGGAGUUUCAGUCGGUGAAUAGAGCUCUUAUUUCACCGAUAAAAGCGGAGUGUGUUGAGCAGGAAAGAUGUGAGGUUAGAAGCUUUUCCGAUGUCCCCUCGUUGUGCUGCGCGUAAGGACCCAGCUCCCAUCCCGGCUGCCAGGCAUCCCUGGAUCCCGGUGGGCUCCCGCUCCCAGCCUGGCCUGGGGAGCCCUUGUUGGAAAGGCUGUGCACAGCUGCGGUCAGUCCCCGAGGACGCUGCGGAGCUGCUCGCAGUGCCCGGACCACGGCGGGAUCUGACCCCCAUCCCCAGCGCAGCCACCCUCCGUGAGGAGCGGGGAUCCCGCUGCCCUGCGCGGCUGCGCCUUCCGGGACCGACUUCAGGAGCUAAAGGGAAGCAGCGAGGUCUGAAAUGUUGGUAUUGACAGCAGCCCCUGGUGAGACUUUUUUAUUAAACGUGCGGAGUUGUAAUUAAUAAAGCUUUAUUGAAUGGGACUAUAAAAUAAGAACUAUCUUUUCCACAGAGGGCUCAGAGAUGGAAUCACCAGAAGGGGCCACCAUUAGAAGUGAGCAGAAAUUCAGAAAAUUCUUAAAAAGUCUCAUAAGAAAGCAGCCUCGGGACCUUCUCCUGGUAAUUGGGACGGGGGUGAGUGCUGCAGUAGCCCCAGGAAUCCCAGCACUCUGCUCCUGGAGAAGCUGCAUUGAGGCUGUCCUUGGAGCAGCUGAGCAGCUGGAGGUGCUGCACCCAGGGGAUGUCGCUGAGUUCCGUAAGAAAGUGAUCAAAGAGAGAGACCUGCUUGUGGUUGCGCAUGAUCUCAUCAGGAAGAUGUCACCACGUACCGGGGACACGAAGCCCAACUUCUUCCAGGAUUGCUUAAUGGAGGUGUUUGAUAGUUUAGAACAACACAUUCAGAACCCUGUGGUCCUGCAAUCCAUCCUGAGGCUCAUGGAGAGAGGCACAAUGGUUCUGACUACAAACUAUGAUAAUCUGCUUGAAAUAUUUGGUCAGCAACAGGGUAAACCUAUGGAAUCUUUAGACCUAAAAGAUAAGGAUAAGGUUCUUCAGUGGGCAAGGGGCCAUAUAAAAUACGGAGUUCUUCAUAUCCACGGCUUGUAUACAGAUCCCUGUGGAAUGGUGCUUGAUCCCUCGGGAUAUAAAGAUGUUACUCAAGAUCCUGAAGUCAUGGAGGUUCUGCAGAACUUGUACCGAACCAAGUCUUUUCUGUUUUUGGGUUGUGGAGAGACUCUGCGUGACCAGAUAUUCCAAGCUCUUUUUCUUUACACAGUAAAGAACAAAGUGGACCUAGAACAUUACAUGUUGGUGCUUAAAGAAAAUGAAGACCACUUUUUUAAGCUCCAGGCAGAUAUGCUGCUGCAUGGAAUAAAAGUGGUGUCCUAUGGGGACUGCUUCCAACAAUUCCCAGAGUAUGUCCAGGAUCUGACUGCUCAAAUCUGCAAACAGAGAAGUCCAGAUGCUGAUCGGGUGGACAGCACAACACUGUUGGGAACAUCAUGUGUGGAUUGUGCUAAAAGGAAGUUAGGAGAAGGUGGCACUGAUUCUCCCAAGAGGAUCAAGCAGUCAGAUAUACCCACUCUUGAAUGAAAAAACCCCAAACACCCAAAGCCCACCCCAGAAGCUUUUUAACAGCAGGUGUUUUACAUCUGCUGCAUGGAAAGUUUUGAGCUGGUAUUGUCAUGAUUUUGAGUGGAAUAAAAUUGUACAUACUA